AAACAAGCUAACGUGUGGACGCGUAGACAUUAGCGAAAACACCUUUUGGGAUUAAUAAAACGGGCUGUUGUCCAGGUUGUUCUGGGAUGGACUCGCAGUAUGUGAACCGGACUCUGGGGCUCUGUCUCUCUCAGGGUCUCGCCGAACUGAUCGAGAACAGACCGAGGGACCCCGUCCACUUCCUGGCGCUCUGGAUCCUCAAAUACAAGGAGAACCAGGAGAACCAGGAGCGGAAGUCUUCUUCUCGGAGACAGUUGGAGGAGGAGCAGCGGAGGCUUCAUGAAGAAACGCUGCACCAGAAACUCCUUGAAGACGAGGAGAACCGGAUCAGAGCCGCAGAGCAGCUCCAGGUCGCUCCAGAGCAACAGGCUGAGCCGGACCAGGGAGAAGACCAGCAGAUAGAUGCAGUGGAUCAGACCGAGACAGAUCCUCCAGCAGAAGAUCAGGAGGCGGAUCGUAGAGAAUCAGAUGAGGACCGGACCUCUGAGCUCCUGAACACCGAGAGAUCUCAGGCUCAGGACACACAGAGGGACACAGACGAGCCUGGACCAGAGACAGAAGAAGAUCCUGAUGAGAGACAGACAGAGACUGAGGACAAAGAAUCAGAAAAACCUGAAGAGAUGGAAGAGAAACCAGAGCAGACCGAUCCUGCAGAGAUCUGAGAGAUUUAUGAUCAGCAUGU